GGAGCACCUCCUGUACCGCUCUUUCACUAGUGUUUGGGAGGAGGCAAUCUAGGUGACCCAGGAGGUUUUAGGCCAUUCCUUUGUAAAUUUAGAAUCUACUGUCCUUCACCAAACGGCAUUUUAAUUUGACUUUUCAGUCUUCAGUGCCAAUGCUCAAGGUCACAAGACUGGCCAGUGGCAGAACUGGGCUGCAUCUCUGGGACUACCACCCUCUCUGUAUUCCUUUAUGCCUUGUGUUCUGUAGACCAUCAGCACAGGAAUCAUCUCGAAAUUCCCUAAAAAUGCAGGCUUUCAGGCCCUACCCUACAUUCAUUGAAUCAGAGUCUGUUUAAGAAGAUCCUCAGGAAUCCCUAUACACAUUCAAGUUUGAGAAGUGCUGACCUGUACUGUACCAUGCUGCUUGCCACCCAUGCUUUUAUUGUUGUUGUUAGCUAUGACCACUUAUCUGGUAUAGUUGAUUUUCAGGCUUUAAAAGCAGUAAGGGACAAAACCCUAUCAUAGAGGGAUUUGCAAAGUAUGGUUGCAGAGACCUAAGGAUGCUUGGGAACUUGUCAGGAAGAACCGACCUCUCAGCUGGCUUCCCAAGGAUGAGGGGAAAGGUGUGUCUUGCUUUCCCUUAAGAGUCUGUAUCCCUCUGUGGCCUUGCCCUGGACCUUGUUUUGUAUUCUUAACCUGUCUUAUACUGCAGGCUAGAUUUAAAGUUUCUUGGAAGUCUUUUCCACGUUUAUAUUGUGGAUGCCCAGUAAAUAACUGUCCAGUGGAGUGGCCAAGCUAUGGUGAAACCUAAGUUACCUGCAGCCUGCUGUGGCCUUUGGACACGAAGGGGGCGGGGAGUUUGUGCACUUCUCUCUCAUGUGGGAGAGCUAGAGGCUGCCACUCAGCUCUCUUUGAACCAGCUCUGUCCCCAGAACCAAGACACACUGAGUCUUCAGGGAUCUCUAGUGUGGGGAGUCUGGGAGCUGCAAAGGCCAUGGGGUUAGCCUUCCUUAUGGCUCCUUUUACCUUCCUAGUUCUCCCUUCUCAGGACCCUCCUCUUCCUCCAGAGAGAUACCCAGGAGAAAAGGGAACAACCAGUUUAUUCCUGAAAGCCAGGCCCCAGGAUCUGAUGACAUUCGAGGAUGUAGCUGUGGAAUUCACCCAGUGGGAAUGGGGACAGCUGGACCCUGCUCAAAAGGACCUAUACAGGGUAGUGAUGCUGGAGAACUUCAAGAACCUGGCCUCUCUGGGGCUUCCAGUGGCUAAACCAUAUGUCAUCUCCCAGUUGGAGAAAGGGAAAGAACCCUGUGUAUUAGAGGGAGAAAUAUCAACAGAAUGGGAGCAAGGGUGUGACCUCUGGAUCUAGUCUUGACAGUGCUCUAUAAACAUGGCUGUGUUUCAGAAUCUCUCAGGGAGCCUAUUAAAGAUCCACAUCUCCAGGGGCCACAUGAGACCUACUGAUUCAGAAUAUGGCUUCUGGGAGCACUGGCAUCAGUAAUCAUUUACCUCUUCAGAAGUGUUACUAUUAUUACAUUAGUUUUCUGUUAUUGCUGAAACAAACGAAUACAAACUUAAUAACUUUAAACACGAGUUUAAUUAUAGUUCAUAGGUCAGAAAUCUGGCAUGGAUCUCACAAAAGAUGUCAGGAGAGGUGUGUUCCUUUCUGGAGUCGCUAGGGUAGAUUCUGUUUUCUGUCAUUUGAGUUGUUGGCAGAACCAAUUCUUGCAGUUGUGAAACUGAGAUCCCUGUUUUCUUGCUGGCUGUCAACUGAGAAAUAUUUCCAGCUUCUAGAGACUGCUACAUUCCUUGGCUCAUGGCACCCUUACUCCAUCUUCAAAGCCAGAAAUGGUGGGCUGAGUCAUUCUUACACAUCUCUCUGACCCAGCCAGGAAAUGUUCUCUGAUUUUAAUUAAGGACUUAUGUGAUUAGAUUGGGCCCAUCUGAAUAAUCCAGGAUAAUCUCCCCAUCUAAAGGUUUGGGCCCUUAAUCAUAUCUGCAAAGUCCUUUUUGCCAUGUAAGAUAACACAUUUACAAGUUCUUGAGAUUAGAGCAUGGAUGUCUUUGGGGGAGAAUUAUUCUGCCUGUCACAAUUAUAUACUAUAAUAUAUUACUGAGGUGCUGAGGGGACUUUGUGGAGGACAUCUUCCUACCCUCUUCUCAUCUUUAUGUUAGAUUUACCUUGUGUACUGGAAUCCAAAUGCUAUUUUUUUUAGAUUUUCCUAAUCUCCAUUCAGUAAUUUAUCACCUCUUGAUAACUCCAAAACCUUCUUCAGAUAUACACUAUACUUGAAAGAAACUGUACACAUCUCGGAUAUUAUUUUAAAGCUUCAUUACCUUACAUCCAUUAUAGGACUUUACUUCCUCUGGGCACAUUGAACAGUUAAUAUGAGAAUGUCUUGUCUUUUUUUU